GAAUGUCAACAAACAUCUUCCAUAUUUUAUGAGUGACGUCAAUAUCCCGCCAUUCAAGUACUAGAGGAUAGAUGCAACUAAAACAAAUAUGAGUGUUAAAGUUGAUAAAGACGCCUUUUAUAGGCGUAUGAAAAAAAUAUACUCAUCAUGGGCUAAAUCAACUGGUGAGGAAGGAAUAGCUAAAAUGGAUGCCCUGAUCACUGCUGUUGGUGUUGAUGAAGAAGUAAUUUACUCUAAAUCUACAGCUCUACAGACAUGGUUGUUUGGCUAUGAACUAACAGAUACCAUUAUGGUCAUGUGCCAGCAAGUCAUUUGCUUGAUGGCAAGCAAGAAGAAGAUUGAUUUCUUGAAGCAGUUAGAUAGCUCUAAAGAAAACGACCAAGGCAUUCCAGCUUUGAAAUUGAUAACAAGAGAAAAGGGUGACAAAGAGAAGGAUAAAGCAAACUUUCAAAAGCUAAUUGAUUACAUCAAGAAAAGUAAAAAAGGUAAAACUGUUGGAGAGUUUAGUAAAGACAAAUACUCAGGGGAGCUAAUGGAAGGAUGGAGGAAUGCAAUCAAAGAGGCUGGAUUUGAAAAAGUUGAUGUGUCAUCUCAGUUUGCUUAUAUUAUGGCCCCUAAAGAGGAGUCGGAGAUAAAAACUAUCCAAAAAGCCAGUCAGGUGACUUGUGAUGUUUUCAACAAGUAUCUAAAAGAACAGAUCAUGGAAAUCAUUGAUGCAGAUAAGAAAGUGAAGCACAUAAAACUUUCAGAUGGUGUAGAGCAGGCCUUGCAGAACAAAAAAUAUGUGACAGGAGUAGACACGAGCCAGCUGGAUGUCUGUUAUCCAGCCAUCAUUCAGAGUGGUGGAAAGUACAGCCUUAAAUUCAGCACCACUAGUGAUGAGAACAACCUUCAGUUUGAUGCCAUUGUAUGUGCCAUGGGAGUCAGAUACAAGUCUUACUGCUCUAACAUAGUUCGUACUCUACUUGUAAAUCCAGAAGAACCAAUUCAGAAAGUGUAUGAGUUUCUUGUCCAGCUAGAAGAAGAAGUAAUCAACAAGCUUCAGCAUGGUGUCAAACUGAGUGAUGUCUAUGAUGCUGGUUUAGCUUUAGUGAAGAAAGAACAUCCAGAACUAGAAGAUAAAAUGAUCAAAAGUUUUGGUUUUGCAAUGGGCAUUGAGUUUAGGGAAGCAUCACUUCUCAUUGCACCCAAAACACGAGCACCAGCUAAAAAAGGCAUGGUGUUCAACGUCAACAUUGGGUUUGCUGAUUUGGAUACAAAGAGUGGAGACAAGAAGGAGAAAAAGGCUGCCUUGUUCUUGGGAGACACAGUACUUGUGAAUGAGGGCAGUCCAGCAAGUGUUCUCACCACUACCAAGAAGCUGCUCAAACACAUUGGUAUCUUUCUGAAAGAUGAUGAGGAGGAUGAGGAAGAAGAGGAAGACAAUUCCAUUGAGAAAGAGGCUGAGCAGUUGUUAGGAAGAGGAAGGAGAAAUGCAAUGGUUGAAAGUAGAACAAGGACCGAAGCCCCAUCUGAAGAGAAGAGGCAGCAGCACCAAAGAGAGCUUGCUCAAAGGUUAAAUGAGGAGGCCAGAGAAAGGCUGAGAGGGAUCAAAUCAGGAGGAGAGGAUAAGAAGGCCAGAAAAUCAAAUGUUUCCUACAAAAAUGCCAACAAUUUCCCUGAAGAAGCUGAGUGUCGUGACCUAAAGCUGUUUGUAGAUAAAAAAUAUGAAACUUUGAUUUUGCCAAUCUUUGGUACAGCAACACCAUUUCAUAUUUCCACAAUAAAGAACAUUAGCCAGUCUGUUGAAGGAGAUUACACAUACUUGAGAAUUAACUUUUUCCACCCUGGCUCCACACUUGGCAGAAAUGAAGGCAGUUUUCCAAAUCCAGAUUUAACAUUUUUGAAAGAAAUAACAUACCGUAGUUCAAAUACAAAAGAACCAGGGGAAAUAUCAGCACCAUCUUCUAACCUCAACACAGCUUUCAGGCUGAUCAAAGAAGUACAGAAAAAGUUUAAAACCAGAGAGGCAGAGGAAAGAGAAAAGGAGGGAAUUGUGAAACAAGAUACUUUAAUCAUUAAUCCAAAUAGGGGUAACCCUAAACUGAAAGAUUUAUAUAUCCGACCAAAUAUUGUCUCCAAGAGAAUUUCAGGAACAUUAGAAGCUCACACUAAUGGCUUUAGGUUCACAUCUGUGCGAGGUGAUAAGGUUGAUAUUCUCUACAACAACAUAAAGCAUGCUUUCUUUCAGCCCUGUGAUGGAGAAAUGAUUAUCUUGCUACAUUUCAACCUCAGGAAUGCAAUUUUAUUUGGUAAAAAAAAACACAUUGACGUCCAAUUCUAUACUGAAGUGGGAGAGAUUACAACAGAUCUUGGGAAACACCAACAUAUGCAUGACAGAGAUGACCUGCAUGCUGAACAGGCUGAGCGUGAAUUGAGACAGAAACUUAAAUCUGCCUUCAAAAGUUUCUGUGAGAAAGUAGAAGCCAUAACCAAGCAGGAAGUAGAGUUUGACUCACCGUUUAGAGAACUUGGAUUCUAUGGUGCACCUUUCAGAAGUACAGUUUUACUGCAGCCAACUAGUGGUUGUCUUGUGAAUCUCUCUGAAUGGCCUCCAUUUGUAGUGACCUUAGAGGAUAUUGAACUGGUCCAUUUUGAGAGAGUCUCCUUCCAGCUAAAGAACUUUGACAUGGUUUUUAUUUUCAAAGACUACAGUAAAAAGACAGCAAUGAUCAACUCUAUAGCCAUGAAUAUGUUGGAUCAUGUCAAAGAGUGGCUCAACUCCUGUGACAUCCGUUACACAGAGGGAGUUCAGAGCUUGAACUGGGCCAAAAUUAUGAAAACUAUUACCGAUGAUCCAGAAGGUUUCUUUGAUAAUGGAGGAUGGACAUUUUUGGAUCCAGACAGUGAGGAUGAAAAAGAGGAAGAAGACAGCGAAGAUGAGGAUGACACAUUCCAGCCCUCUGAAGAGGGCUCAGAUUUUGAUGAGAGCAGUGAGGAUGACAGUGAAGAAAGUAACUGGGAGGAAGAGGAAGAUGAUGAAUCAGGUUCAGAAGAGGAGCUGGGAUCAAGUGAAGAGAGUGGCAAGGACUGGGAUGAGUUGGAGGAAGAGGCAAGAAGAGCUGAUAAGGAGAAAGAUGAAGAGAUUCCUGAAUCCAGAUCAUCUCACAAACACAGGUCACACAAAGGUGGCGGCAGCAGCAGCAACAGUCGUCAUGGACAGAAGAGAGGGAGAGAAGACAGCCGACCUAAGGGAAGAGAAGACAAAUCCAAGGGGAAAAGUCAUUCACCACAGAAGAAAAAAGCACGUCGCUAAAACUGUUUUCAUUCUUUACCCCAACUUGGACAAAAUGUUUUUUUUAAUAUAUGUUAUACUUGCCAGGAAGGCUCAGCCUUUUAAAAAAAAAGCCUUUGACCUGGGUGCAUCUUUGGACAUUGUUUAUAUUUAACAAGUUUGUAAUCUUAUUGGAUUUGCCAGAAAAUUUUUCUCUGGUGAAAAUAUUGCCAACUAUAAUUACAAAUAACUUUUGAAGUUUUGAUGCUGACAUCUUUGUUUAUUGUUAGACGUUUGGUCAAAGUUAGCAUUGGUGUAAUAUAGACAGACAGUCGGACUUUGUCACAGACACAUCUACAGUUAAGUUUUAUACAUUUAUAAGCAUGAUGUCCUGGAAAUCAACAAGCUGGGUUUCAACUCGGAACUGCCGUAAGAGCACCUAGCCAGGCAUCCAUUGUUUGUCCAUUGGAACAAUUUCAUUAAAUUUUGUGAUUAAUUA